GUCAAUCUCAAUCCGAGAGAGAGAGAGAAACAACUCAGCUGCCUCACAGCUGUAUAUUUGUAGUAUUUCCUGAGGCGAAAAUCAUGGAAGUGAAUGCAUUUGAGAUCCUCGCUAGCAUCCCCGACGAUCCAGACACGGGAAGGUUUUUCGCUCAAUCGAGGUAUCUGAAGCUGGAGAUACCACCCAACGCGGAGGGCUGUCGCCGGUUCCUGCACGGCGUGGCCGUCAAGGAGACAUUCACCGGCGAUGUGGUGAUGGAGGACUGUGUCGAGAUGACCACCAGCAGUGUGCUCCGCUACUGUGGCAUCGUUAAGGUGUCUCGGGCAUGCAUUCUCAAAUAUAUAUACCCCGAAGAUUUCUUUGUAUCAAAAUACAACACCAAAGAACCCUAGAAAUAAUUCCUCAUGCUUGGCUCCCCAAUGACUGUCGUGAAAUUCGAUUGAAAUAAACCAUUAAAAUAA